AUGCCGACGAUGACGACGACGGCGAUGUCGGCUAGUAGGGAGUUUUUUGAUUUGAUCAAAAACUCAAAAUUGGCUCAAGUUGCCAAACCUCAGCUGAAGAGUAUCAGAGGUAACUCAAACAAGCCUACGCAUCAAACAAUCUUUACACCAUCAUCAAGUGCACAUAGAUCCAAUUAUGGGUUGAAGACCAUCUUGCCUAGCAAGAUCGGGAAAUCGUAUAUCUCGUUCAAUGAUAUAGACAAUCACAAGGGAAUGCCAGAUGUUGAGAAGAAUUCAGGCGAUCACUAUACCAGAUUGAUUUUCCAAGAAUUGGGUAUGCCUUUAAAGAAUCAUUUUACUAGUCAUAAUCCGCUAUUUCCUCAGGCGCACAAUAAGAGCUCCAAGAAGCCGUACGAUAAAACUUUGACAAAUUGCUUGAAUUUGGAGUUGAGAGCUAACCCGCGAGAGGUUGUAAAAAUUUUGAGAAAGAAUCCCAAGUUGUAUCUGAAUUUUAGGUCGUACGUUAUAAAGAAAUAUCCGCAAGUGUAUUUGUCCAACACUCCAUCGAUAGAGUUGUACAACUUGAUUAAAGAAUAUUUGGGCCAAGCUGAAGAUAUUGAAAAGAGGAAAGUUUCCCUUGAGUCGAGAGCGCAACUUAAAAAGACUGAAGCGGUUCAAGGUACCGGUGGAUUUUCAUAUAACCAAAAGGGUAGACUUUGUAAUACGCCCAAUGGGAUUAGAUACAAUACAAUUGCUCCAGGAAGGAUUGUGGGUACAAAAGAGGCAGCAAUAGGAGGUAUGGUAGCAAGUGUAAUAGACCGCUCAAUAGCAUUGCAAACGAAUUACGCAAGGAACAGCCCUGGAAAACAAGAAAGACAAUUUACAUUACCGUUCAAGAUCAACGAAACCGAGUUAGUUGAAGAAGGAUCAGUAAGAGUAUUUGCCGAAGGUAUCAAGACUGGUAAUUGGUCUGAAAAUGACGAAAGAUACCUUACUGCAAGGAAUACCAUGAAUAGUAGUUCAGAUAGAAGUAACUCUGAUGAUGAAAGUUUGGAGAGUUUGUUAAAUUUGAUUCUUCCAAAGAGAUCGUGA